AUGGCCGAACAGCGCGAGCCUCUGCUAGAGUCAAGCGACGUCCUCGAGGAUGACAAUCAGCAGUCUCCUGCUCAUCCUGCUACCACAUUAGCCAGCAUGUUGGACCUUCGCAUCACCCUGCCCCUCGUCUUCAUGCUCAGCAUCUGGCUCGUGCCGGUCCUGGGCGCGCGCGGUGUACCUGAGCCUGUGGAAUCCGAUCACAUCUUCGCGACACCUUGGCUAGAGAGCUUCUGCAGGGCGCCACAUGUCACACCCAGCACGUAUCCGCCGGUGAAAGCACGCACAGCCGCACUCGAACACGUCCUCAUCUUCCAGCGCCAUCAUCGGCGCACGCCGGAUAAUCUGCUGCCUCGGGAGGCCACCUUCAAUGAGACAUGGUCGUGUGAAGAUAUCGCGACCACUUAUGCCGCCGCUGUGGCUGGCUACGACGGCCCUCGCGUCCACACACAUAUCGCCACACCGGCUCGCCAUCCUUUCAAGAACAGCAUUCUACCCGGCACGUGUGACCAAGGCCAGCUGACAGCUGCAGGUCUGCGCGAUGCUGUUCAGCACGGCAGAGACGUGCGAGCGACCUAUGCCCAUCUGUUUCCCGGUCGUAUAACGCCUGACGAUCUCCAUAUACGCACCUCGCCUGCUAUUCGCACUUUCGAGGUCUCAGCUGGCUUUCUGGCUGGCUUGGAACCGAGUAGCAUCGACAAGACGUGGCCAGUCUACGUUCAGCCCGUCGCAAUCGACAACAUUGUGCCUUCCUACGCUUGCCCUGCCGCAGAUACUCAGAGGCAGCGCAUCGAAGCCGAGCAGGCAUGGCUCGAUCAUCUUGCUGCCAACACUGCCUUGCAGAGGCGCCUAGACAGCGUGCUGGGCACCUCAAAUCGCGCAAGUUGGCAUAAUUGGUAUGAUCACUACUUUGACGCACUGACGUCGCGGCAGUGCAACAGCCAUUUCCUGCCCUGCCAUCCCGUGACCGGCGAAUGCGUCACCCAAGAGGAUGCAGACAAAGUUUAUGCGCUUGGGAGCUAUGAAUACGACUACAUAUGGCGAGCCUCCCCACUUGCACAAGACUAUGUCGACCUCACAUUUGGAGCCAUGUUUGAAGAACUGGCUGACAAUUUGCUCGCAAUGAACGCCAGCGGCAAUGUUCCCAAAAUGUUGCUCUAUGUCGGUCACGAUGGCUCGAUGAUCAGACUUGCAGCAGGUCUCGGCUUCCCUGCGCCGCUCGCAUGGCCUGCGCUGGGCUCACAGAUCGUCAUUGAGGUAUGGCGAGCUUCAGAUGGUCUACAGACGCGCAUCCUUCACAACGGUCAGCUCGUCGAGAAGUUCAGCUGGCAGCCACUUCAGCAGCUCGUUGCGAUACUACAGGCUAGGCCGAACUGCAUACUUUGGGGCAAUGUUGAGUGCAUUGAUUUUCGUAUUUUCUAUCAUGAUGAUACAAGCAAACGGACUGCGAGCGAUCGAUCUGCAUUGGGGGCGUCCACCGUUGAAGGCUUUCUCUUUUCGUAG